CGAACGGGACAGGCUCGUUGGUUAGGCCUUGUGGGUUCACGCCGCUCACUCCCACGCAGUGUGCUGAGGCGCAGCUACAGGCUCUGUCGCCAUGUCGGCCGUGGAGGCGGGGGGUAUUUUCCACAGAGCCCGGGGCAGGACCCUGGACGCGUUUUCUGCAGAAAAGGAAAGGGAAUGGAAAGGCCCAUUCUACUUCAUCCAAGGUGCAGACCCGCAGUUUGGACUGAUGAAGGCCUGGUCUGUUGGAGACUGUGACGGAGGCGGUGACGAGUGGGGACAGGAGAUCCGUCUGACCGAACAAGCCGUCCAAGCCAUCAACAAGCUGAACCCCAAACCCAAAUUCUUUGUUCUGUGCGGUGACCUCGUCCAUGCCAUGCCAGGAAUGCCCUGGCGGAAGGAGCAGACAGAGGACCUGCAGCGCGUGCUCAAGGACGUUGACAGGGAGAUCCCACUGGUCUUUGUCAGCGGCAACCAUGACAUCGGCAACGUCCCCACGGCCGAGUCCAUCGCGGAGUUCUGCCAGACUUGGGGAGAUGAUUAUUUCAGCUUCUGGGUUGGGGGCGUCCUGUUCCUCGUCCUCAACUCCCAGUUCUUCUAUGAUGCCUCCAGGUGCCCUGCCUUGAAGCAGGCCCAGGACCAGUGGCUGGAUGAGCAGCUGAGCAUCGCAGGGGAGCGCAAGUGCCAGCAUGCGAUUGUCUUCCAGCACAUUCCACUGUUCCUCCAGAGCCUCGACGAAGAGGAUGACUACUUCAACCUUAGCAAGUCAGUCCGGCAGGAGAUGGCAGACAAGCUCACCGAAGCAGGUAUCAAAGCUGUGUUCUCAGGUCACUACCACAGGAAUGCGGGAGGCAUCUACCAGGACCUCGACAUGGUGGUGUCGUCUGCCAUCGGAUGCCAGCUGGGCAAAGACACCCAUGGGCUGCGAGUGGUGGUGGUCACCACCGAAAAAAUCGUUCAUCGGUACUACAGUUUAGAUGAGCUGAGUGAGAGAGGAAUAGAAGAUGACCUGAUGGGUUUGAUGAAGAAGAAAUGAUUGCCCUUUAUGAGCUAUUCACUUUCCACUUCCACUGUUUUUUCAUUUUGCCAGAAACAGCAGCUGCACACAACUCCUUACUGAAAAAUGAAAGUAGACCAGGCAAAUUUGUGAAUUUAUGUCCUUUUGCAUAAAUCAGAGAGCUGGGUCUUAUCCUAAAUUAUGUUCAAAAUAGAACUGCCCUCCCUUUGAAAAAGGGAAUGGAAGCCUAGAAAUAAAAAAUAAAUGAUAUAAUAUCUCUGUUUGAAUAAAGUCUCCUAAUACUGUGUUUCUCAGCUCUGCUUUGGAAUGAGAUUGCUUUCUGACAGCAUAUGGCCCAUGUCUGUCUAAGUACCUCAGUCCUAACUUGAUAUCCAAAUGUCCAAGUGUAGUGUUUGAUAAUUCCUUGAACAAACUAUAUCAGAUUGUCUUAAAUUGUGGUCUUAACUCCCAAAAUGCUAGGAAAAACAAAGGCGAUCUCCUUUCCUUCCUCACAAAACAAAUAAUUUUCUCCCAUUACCAGUCUUAUUUUAAUAAGGAGCUUAUUUAAUAAGGAGCCUCCAUUUGCUGUUAGAUUCUGAAGCAUCCAUUGUUGCUGAUGAUAGGAAUCGAAUAUGGUGGACAGCCACAGCUUCAGUUUGCCUUCCUGGUAACUAGGAAAGUCAACUUCGCACAUACAUCAGCCAAAUAAAAAAAAUCUCAUCCAAGAGACGAGACCGAAGCCCUGAAAUGUUAUCCAUCCCCCACCGUAGUCACUCGGCAGCGUGUUCUGAGUUUGUCCACAUUUACUUUCUGAUGCUGCAGCAACUUGGCAGGUUGGGGUUUUCCUGGCACCAGAAUAAACCACUUGCCAUGGAGUUGAUUCUGACUCCAUAUGUGUCAGAGUAGAACUGUCUUCAGUAGCUGAUUUUUUGGAAGUCAGUUGCCAGGCCUUUCUUUCAAGGCGCCUCUGGGUGGACUCAGACCUCCCACGUGUCAGGUAGCCAGUAGGCACAUUAACCACUUGCACCAUCCAGGGCCUCUGAGAUCAGAAUGUCCCUCCCUUUAGGAGAUUACUUACUGUGCCUACUUUGACAAAAACAGUAGGACUAGAUGCAGAAUUCCCAGAAGAAACAAAGCAGAAAUUCUAGUGGAGCAAACACAGUGCUGUUGGCUCUGUUAUCUGAACUGGCGCCUGUUUUGAUUAAAUACACCGGUGCAGUAACCACUGAGGAGAGACUGUGCAUGAAAAUCAGCAUUGUUUUUAUGUAAUUCACCCUGCCACAUCAUAUCAGCAGUCCCCGACGCACUGCGUAAUUCUAUCCACGAAAUCUUUUCAGCAAUUGUCCCGGCGGACAAGUAAUUUACAUACUCUGAAUCCUGCCAGGAAUUACAGCGUUACUCAGUAACAUUCAGUAAUCCUAAAACUACUUGAAAAACGGACUGGUUACAAAUGAACUGCAAAGUCCAUUAAAUUAGGAGAAUUUUCUUGUUAAAAAGUUUUAGUCAAUGUAACAAAACCAUGAGAAAUUAAAUAGAAAGAUAAUUGGAUAUGUAAAUUCAUAAGGAAUAAAAGGUGAGAAGUUAAUUACACCGAUUGGUGACACACCAUAGCUCAUUGUUAUGUGGCAUGAGAAGAUUAAAAAUUUUCAAAAUUAGAAUGCUCCUUUCAGUGUUUUGCUGUAUUCUUGUUUUGUGUUCAUUUUUCUUUAGACAGGUGUGGAUAUAAGAGGUCAAGAAGAGGAAUUCAGUAAGGGUGUAACUAAAAAACCACGUUUGAGGCUUGGGAUGUGGUAACACUUUCAGAAUUAGAUAUGUAAGAAGACUUGUCAAAGACCAGCAUCACAGGGAAAUACCAUAUGAUCCGGCAAUUCCGCUCCUAGGUAUAUACGCCAGAGAACUGAAGGCAGGAACGCAAGCAGGUACUUGUACACCGGUGUUCACUGCAGCACUAUUCACAAUAGCCAAAAGGUGGAAACAGCCUAAAUGUCCAUCAAAGGAUGAAUAGAUAAACAAAAUGUGAUACAUACAUACAAUGGGAUAUUACUCAGCCAUAAAAAGGAAUGAAGUCCUGAUACCUGCUACAGCAUGGAUGAACCUGGAAAACAUGCUGAGUGAAAUAAGCCAGUCACAAAAGAACGAAUAUUGUGUGAUCCCGCUUACAUGAAAUACACAGAACAGGCAGGUUAUAGAGACCAAAGUGUGUUAGUGGUUACCAGAGGUGAGAGGACGGGGCA